AUGGCUGGCCCUGGAGUUGGUUUUGAAUAUCCCGCCAGGGAGGUGACCUGGCUGAAGCGUGAUGCUCUCCUCUUCGCCAACAGCAUUGGCUGCACUGCGGACGAGCUUCACUUUCUCUACGAGCUGGAUCCUAACUUCGCCGUCUUUCCGACAUAUCCCAUCAUUCUCCCGUUCAAGAACGACUCUCAAGAGGUCAUUGACUUCUAUGCCGCCCAGAAGGCAGUCAAGAUCCCUGGUGUGCCUGACUUCGAUUCCCGCAGAGUUGUGGACGGCCAGCGACUAGUCCAAUUUCUGAAGCCCCUCCCCCCGACCUCAGCCGGCAAGAAGUUCGAGAUCCGUACCAAGGUCGUUGGUGUCUAUGACAAGGGCCGGCCAGGCUCUGUGGUCGAGACACAGACCGACCUGGUGGAUGUGGGCAGUGGCGAGAUCUACUCGAGGGCAAUUGGCAGCGCGUUCUUCGUUGCGCAGGGCAACUGGGGAGGUCCCAAGGGCCCUGCGACCGAAAACUUUCCUCCGCCAAAGGGCAAGCAACCCGAUGUCGUUUUUGAGGACCAGACCACGCAGGAGACUGCUCUGUUGUACAGACUGAAUGGCGACUACAACCCGCUGCACGCCCACCCAGAGCCCGGCAAGAAGAUGGGCUUCGGAGGCACUAUCAUCCACGGUCUUUACUCAUUCAACUCCACUGCUCAUGGUUUGUUGCAAAAGCUUGGUGGAAGCGACCCCAAGAACAUCAAGGAAUUCCAGGCGCGGUUCGCAAGCCCUGUAAAGCCUGGCGACAAGCUUGUAACACAAGUUUGGAAGACGGGCGAGAUCAAGGACGGCUGGGAAGAGAUCAGGUUCGCUACCAGCGUUGAGGGUGGUAAGGUGUGUCUGAGCAAUGGGCGGGCAUUGAUGAAGGUUGUCGGUGAAGCCAAGUCCAAGUUGUGA